AUGCUACCCCAAUCCUCCACAAUCUCCGAGGGCUGGAUCAAGUCGCCGGGGCAUCGGAAGAACCUGGAGGGCGCCUUCGAUUUAUGUGGCAUCGGUGUAGCACAGGCGAGCACCGGGGAGUUCUUCUUUACGCAGCUUUUUGCGCGAAGCGCCGGUGGGGCGCUUUGUUGA